CCGCACCCCGCGCCCGCAGGCCCCGCCAUGGGCCUCACAGUGUCCGCGCUGUUCUCGCGGAUCUUCGGGAAGAAGCAGAUGCGAAUCCUCAUGGUUGGCUUGGAUGCAGCUGGCAAGACCACAAUCCUGUACAAACUGAAGUUGGGGGAGAUUGUCACCACCAUCCCCACCAUAGGCUUCAAUGUGGAAACUGUAGAAUAUAAGAACAUCUGCUUCACAGUCUGGGAUGUGGGAGGCCAGGACAAGAUUCGGCCUCUGUGGCGACACUACUUCCAGAACACUCAGGGCCUCAUCUUUGUGGUGGAUAGUAAUGACCGGGAGCGGGUCCAGGAAUCGGCGGAUGAACUACAGAAGAUGCUGCAGGAAGACGAGCUGCGGGAUGCGGUGCUGCUCGUGUUUGCCAACAAGCAGGACAUGCCCAACGCCAUGCCUGUGAGCGAGCUGACAGACAAGCUGGGCCUCCAGCACCUGCGCAGCCGCACGUGGUAUGUCCAGGCCACCUGUGCCACCCAAGGCACAGGCCUGUACGAUGGGCUGGACUGGCUGUCCCACGAGCUGUCAAAACGCUAA